AUGGCGAAUGAUUUGGGAAUCUCACUUGAAGAAACAAAUGCAUUGCGCAAACAAUUGGGGUUGAAGCCUAUUCUAGUAGAAUCAGCAAAAUCAGAAGAAUCAGACAACGGAAUGUUUGAAUCGAAACAACUACCAAAUACUGAGAUAUCUCUCGAGACUACGCAAUUUAUCGAGGCUGAUAAGGUGAGUUUAUUGAGAAAAAAACUAGGAAGAUUAAACCCUAAGAAUAAUAAUAAAACUUCAGGCGGAAUUGAUGGCGAUCAAAGUUGGCUAGAUUCUCUUGGUAAGAGAAGUUUGAAACCAGAGAAGAAGCUUCGAAUGAAAUACGAGGAAGAAGACGAAGAAGCGGAUGUUAAUGAUUUACCCAUGUUGAAGACCUCAUACACUUUUGAGAAACUGCAAAGUAAAGAACAAGUAAUUUUAACUCUCAAAGAGAGCACAAUAAAUAACGAUGAUCAAGACGAUGACAUUCUAGAAAACGAGAAAGAGGCACAAGAAAGAGUAGACUCCAAGAACAUUCAGCUGAAACAAAUGAAUAGGGACAGAAGGCGAAAGAAAAUGAAAUUGCACGUUUCAAGCUUGGAUUUUAAAGAUGAGAAUGAGAAUUCGGAUUCUGGCUCUGUUCUACUUAUUGGAGCACAAUCUUCUCUCUUGAACGAAGUUAAAGACAAUAUCGAAGACGAAAGCCAUUCUGGCAGGAUUAAAGUGAAAUUUGAGGAUAAAAAUAUAUCCGACAAUGAGGAUGAUGACGACAAAGCUGUUAAAAUAAAAAAGAGGAAAAGGAAGGACAUCAAUGCUUCUUUGAAAAAACGCAGAAUCAAAUUACCUACUGAGAUACGAAAAGUGGCAUUAAUUGAUGAGGAUGCUGAAAAUGAUGAUUUUGAUGAUUUCAGCCUCUCAAGAAAUGUAAAAAGAAAGGCUCAGUUGACAGAUAAUGUUAAAACAUCCGAAAAUAUUGCGUUGGAAAUUGAAAAGGAGAAGCUUGAGCGUCGGAGACGUUUAGAAAACAUAUCGCAGAUUACCAGAGUGACAAAAGGACUCAUAGUAGAUGAAGGUGAAACCUUUUUUGACUCGUUAAAGCCCGAUAUAAUUGAUAUGAACGACGACUACCAAGAAAUACAUAAAACCAAUGCUGGUAAAGACGAUGACACAGGAGAAUCAGAACAGGCACCAUCAUUAAACGUUAAGGCUAAUGGUACAGCCGAAGUGGUACAACCUGAUUUCCACGAUGGGCUCGCUUCAACGUUGAAGUUUCUGCAAACGAGAAACGUACUGCCGAAGAAAGAUCCAACGCAACAAGCAAAGGAUUAUGAGGUAGCGGACUCAGCGGCGCAACAGAAACCCAGGACCCGUUAUCCCAUGGUUACAGAGCCUUCUGCCGAGCGCUCCAAGGCUGAACUAAAUGGAAUAGCACACACAUCUAAGGCUCCAAACCUGCAGUACUACAAUCCAGAAAUCAAACUGGUAUACCAAGACAAAAUGGGUAAUCAGCUCACCACUAAGGAAGCAUAUAAGAAGCUAUCUCAGAAAUUUCACGGUACCAAAAGUAAUAAGAAAAAGCAGGCACAAAACCAAUUCAAGAUUGAACAGAGGAAUAGACACGCUCAGCUACGGCACGCUACUGAUUUUGAUUUGCUGUGA